UCACUUCUUUUCAAAAAAAAAAAGUGUUUUUUCUUUCUUAUUCAUCAACUAAUAUCAUUUUGUUAAAUAUAUAUAUAAUAAAAAAUGGCAGCAGCAGAUGUUGAGUACAGAUGUUUUGUUGGUGGGCUUGCUUGGGCCACAUCUGAUCGGUCCCUUGAAGAAGCUUUUUCCCAAUAUGGUGAAAUCAUUGAUUCUAAGAUUAUAAAUGAUAGGGAAACAGGGAGAUCGAGAGGAUUUGGGUUUGUGACAUUCAAAGACGCGCAGUCAUUGAAUGAUGCAAUUGAAGGAAUGAAUGGAAAAAGUCUUGAUGGGCGUAACAUUACUGUCAAUGAAGCUCAGUCUCGCAGCGGUGGUGGUGGCGGUGGUGGUGGUCGUCGUGAGGGUGGUGGUGGUGGGUAUGGUGGUCGUCGUGAAGGAGGAGGUGGUGGUUAUGGUGGUGGUGGUAGGGACCGUGGAUAUGGUGGUGGUGGUGAUGGUGGGUAUUCAAGGGGAAAUGGUGGGUCAGGAGGAAACUGGAGAGAUUAGAUUAUUAAAUUAGAUUUAAAUUAUUAUUGUUAAGAAAUUAAGGAAUGAAUAAUGUGGGUUAGAUUUAGAUUUUAAAUUGAUGAUGGGACCUUAAUUUGUGUUUUGAUGUUUGAUUUCUAUGUUAAAUGUUGGGUUAAGAAGUGGUGGUGAUGGUUUCGUUUUUGACAUGUGAUUGUAUUGAUAUGAUUCAGGUGAUGAAUGGUCAACGGAAACUCUUGUUUGGAA